GAGUACCGAGAGGAAAUAUCGUCACAUAGGACCUGCACAAAAUACUGGCCAGCUUUAUAAGCUGCGCCCUUCUAGAGUUCUUCUAUUUUAUUUUGUGAACGUGACAUUAUCACUUGAGGAAGCACGCGGCACGAGCUGUGGUGUUUUCACUUUCUUUUGGACUUUAAUCAUGUUUUAAACAGGCGUUCCAGGGGUGGGUGCCCCUGUCCGUAUAAAUAACGGAAGGACGAUCUCUGUAAAGUGUCAACAUUCCAAAUUUUACAUCUGUAUUUCGUGAAUAAUCUCGUCUAUAAACAAUGGAAUCAUCUUUAUUAACAUCCCCAGUGGUGAAAUCGUUCCUGGCGGGUUCCCUUAGUGGAACAUGUUCAACUUUAUUGUUCCAGCCAUUAGAUCUGGUAAAAACAAGAGUGCAAGCAUCUAUUAGUGUAAAUGGAGCUCGACCAGCUGGCAUGGUGGCCAUUGUGGCAAAUGUUGUACAGCAAGAUAAAAUUGUCGGCCUUUGGAGGGGCCUUGUUCCAUCCAUCUCAAGAUGUGUUCCUGGGAUUGGAAUAUAUUUUUCCACCAUCCAUUACCUGAAGGGUAAAUUUGCGCACUCCAAGAGUCCAUUGGAGUCUAUGAUUAUUGGUGGAAGUGCAAGAUCUGUUGCCGUGGUUACCAUGCUGCCAUUUACAGUCCUGAAAACCAGAUAUGAAAGUGGAGAAUUUCAUUACAAUAAUAUGGUCCGAGGAUUUAGUACUAUCUACAAGUUAGAAGGAAUGAAAGGCCUAUAUAGUGGUAUUGCACCAACUUUGCUCAGGGAUGUGCCUUUCUCUGGCUUGUAUUUUAUGUUCUACACUCAGCUCAAACAGCUUUCAAUCACAGAAUCUGCCCCUGACUCGGGACUUCCCAUGCUACAUUUCACUUGCGGCGUGACAGCAGGCAUGAUGGCGUCGCUGAUUACACAGCCUGCAGACGUUUUGAAAACACAUAUGCAGCUUUAUCCAAAACGUUACGGACGUUUAAGAAAUGCUGCCAAGUUUGUUUAUGAGAGGGAUGGGUUAGAAGGAUUUUGGCGGGGCAUUAUACCUCGGACAAUCAGACGAACCCUCAUGGCAGCGCUUGCAUGGACAGUGUAUGAAGAGGUUGCAAAGUCAGUUGGACUGAAGUGAGCAUCCAAUUGAAGAGACAAUAUAAAAUAAAACUGUCCCCAAGCAGUUCUUGAAUGCCUUUCGUAUGAUAGUUACUGAAUGCGCCAAUGGACAGUUUGCUUUUCAAAGGAAAGUUUCCAACAGAACUCUCGGACAGUUUUCUAUUUAAAACCAGAUAUAAAAACAGUAAAUAGUAUUUAGCUUGUGAAAUUCCAGAUUGAACAUUAUCUCCAGUUGAAGACUUUGAAUAAAAGGGAGAUAAAAAACGAGAUACUGAGCAGUCCACAUGAAUAAAAUGCUGAAGUUCGGUUUUUCACAAUUUAAGUUAAUGUAACAUUUAAGUGACAUCCUUUGUUUGAAGUGUAUUUAUUGUUAAAAUGUAACAGUUUGAGAGAGAAAAAAACAGGAUUUUAGGGGCAUUUCAUUGCAGCAAAAGUGCAAGGACAAUAAUGUGAAUACUGUGCCAGCUAACUUUCGGAUUCCUGGCAAGAAAGGAUACCUAACAUUGUUUAAAACAAGCAUACAAACACUUGUCAUUUUACAGGUUUUGUUGCAUUUUCUGUAAUUAAAUCACGUGUUGAUGGGGUAUUUUUUGUUCCCUUUCUCUGAUCAGUAUUCAUUAUAGAUCAAGUUUUUAUCUUCACACUGUCAUUUUAUGUUUUAAGCAUGUAAAUUCUCAAUUUGUCUUAAAAUUCAGGGUACAUAUAAGUUGUCAACAGUUUUGUUAAGAUUUUACAUUUGUUUCCAACUUAGCCGUGUCUUUCAGAUAUCAGCUGAUUACAGGAAAUAUCACAGCUGUGUAUGUGUUCUUGUCAAAAUAAUUAGGAAGUUAAUAUUAACUAUGUGUUUCAGGAUGAUUGAAUCAGUUUAAAUUCUUCACUAAGCCUUUGAAUUAAUGUCCCUCUUGUAAAUAUUUCUCAGUUUUUAUAUUCUGUCUUGUGAAGCAUGUAAUUAUGUUUCAUACCUGUGAUUAUUUGUUAUGUUAAACUUAAAUAAAACAUAAUUUGAUGAAAUUCUGUUGUAAAGGAUAUGACCAAAUUAAAUGAUGAUAAUGCU